AUGCCGCCAAAGAAGCCUGCAGGAAAUGUCGUCCAGGCUGAGGUCGCCUUGCAGCCAUCGCUGAAGAAUUGUCUCGUCAACCUCCCGCCUUCUCUGGUUUCUGUGCUCGUGAAUGCCAACACGUUCCCCCCACAGGUUGCUCAGAAUGUCGUCGUCGAACUCACCUAUCGCCAGCCUGCACCCCCGGGCGCUUCCGAUGCGCGAACUGCUGCCGCCCCGCAAAAGUCCGUCUACGUAGGGUGGACGGGCAUGCAAAGCAAGCGGCGCAUUGCCCCUGUAGUCACACGAGAUGGCAUGAGGGCAAACCCGGCCGCGAGCCAGCAAGACCUGCCGGCCGUCGAAGUCGAUGCGACAUUUGCGCGCUUGAUUGGCCUCCAAGAAGGGCAGAAAGUGGGCGUCAUACUACACCUCGACCCACCUCAGGCGCAUACCAUCAACAUCGAGCCAUUGACGCCUGUCGACUGGGAGAUGAUUGAGCUGCAUGCCCAGUUCCUAGAACUCAACUUUCUGUCCCAAAUCCGCGCCCUCCCGAACCCACACGCUCACACGCCGCAUCCCCUGACCCUCCACCUCUCGCCCACCACGACCGCCAACAUCACAGUCACAUCCAUCGCCCCGGCCCCUACAACCCCCUCGCCCUUUGUCAAGAUCUCCCCGGACGCCGAGGUCAUUGUUGCGCCCAAGACACGUCAGAAGGAACGGAGCUCGACACGCGAGAGCAGGAGCGUCGGGGCUGCUUCAAGGAAAAGCGGCAAGAGCACAGCGAGCACCGUCAGACGUCGCAGUGGUCGUGAGGAAAAUGCCACUAAGGGCGCCGUUUUCCUUCGCGGUGUCGAUCGUGCUGUGGCAAAAGAGUGGUUUGACGAUGAUGAUGAUGAUGAUGAUGACGACGCAGAUGCCCAAGGUCUUCAAGUAUGGGUGGACAAGGAAAUUCUCCUGACAAAGGCUCUUAGGGGUGCCAAUUGGGUCUCUGUGGCCAUCAUCAGGCCUGCAGGACUGCAAGAGCCAGUCGACAUGUCCAAAGAGCAGGAUCAGGAGAAGCCAGCCACUCGCGUUGUCGCCAAGAUCGCGGCUUGGGAAGAUGCACCUGACAGUCGCCACGUUGCGCUCUCGACCCCCUUGUGCAAAGUACUGGGUUUCGAGGGUUUCGUUGGAGGACUCGUCCGCAUCGAAGGCGCGCCAAAUCAAACGGCGAAGCCUUCUGCGAUAAAACCACAAGGCACGAAAGAGUCAAGAGAUCCUGUCGUCAAGACGGUCAAGGUUCUCCCCUUUUCCACCACAGCCUCGCUAAGUGAUGCGUCUCUCAGAUUCGGCGGCGAGUCAAAGCAAGAACAAGAAGACGCGAUCAACAAGAUCAAGACUAUGUACGGGAAGAAGAACGGUCUUUUAGACGGGCCUGUCACGGAUGGCAUGGUUUUACCUCCUCCAAAAGAUGCCAUCAGUGGCUGGCAAGGUGGAAUAGUACGAUUUGAUCCGCCACAACAAGCCUCUGGAGUAUCAUGGGUGCUCUUCCCAGAAAGGAAGCCUGCUAUCGAACUAGGACAAGAAAUCGCUAUACCAUCAAGCUGGGCAAGAGGAUGGCAACAGGGCGAACCACUGCCAGAGGUCCCACCCAACCUCGUUGGUAUUGAUCCUCUCAUCGAGCAGCUGCGGUGGCAUCUUGCCCAUAACUCUUCUGUACUGCUGACAGGAGGCCUUGGAGCAGGCAAGUCGAAUUGCGCUCAACUGCUGGCUCACCAGCUACGAACAGGAUAUAUGUUUAACGCCAUCUACUUUCCUUGUCGAAAAUUGUUAACCGAUGAGACGAGAGUCGCCACUAUCAAAGAGAUGCUCAACAGAUUAUUUGCAUCUGCGUCGUGGGGUGCUAGAGGAGGCGGAAACGCCGUUGUUAUAUUAGAUGAUUUGGACAAGCUGUGUCCUGUAGAGACGGAGUUGCAAGUCGGCAACGAAAAUGGUCGUAGCCGUCAAGUCAGCGAAUGUCUCAUCAGCAUUGUCAGGCAGUACUGUUCCAUGGAUUCAGGUGUGGUGCUUCUGGCUACUGCGCAAGGGAAGGAGUCGCUCAACAACGUCAUCGUGGGUGGUCACAUCGUUCGGGAGAUUGUCAGUUUGAAGGCACCCAACAAGGAUGGCAGGAGGAAGGUACUGGAGAUGCUAGCACGGAAAGACGCGAAGACACAACCGGAACCUCAGACCAACGGCCAUGCGUUUCCAGACUCACCAUCGACUAGCCGACCCAGUACAUCACACCGUAGUCCACCCAGCGCCGGGAGUAUACCCCAUGACACUGAUAACGGAGACUGGGGUUUUGUCAUCGACUCUACGAUAGACUUUCUCGAUAUCGCUGGCCAGACUGAUGGGUAUAUGCCCGGCGAUCUCGUCCUCCUCACCUCGCGCGCCCGCAACGAAGCCCUCAUUCGCUCCGUGACCGACUCGUCUAAUCUCGUUACUCUCACACGAGAUGACUACACACAGGCUUUAUCAGGCUUCACCCCCGCCUCCCUCCGCAAUGUCACCCUCCAAUCCUCGACCACAAAAUGGGACUCUAUAGGUGGUCUUCACACUACCCGUCAAAUUCUUCUUGAAACCCUUCAAUACCCCACAACCUACGCUCCCAUCUUCGCCCAAUGUCCCCUCCGCUUACGAUCAGGUCUCCUUUUGUAUGGCUACCCCGGCUGCGGCAAGACCCUCCUCGCCUCCGCCGUAGCAGGUGAAUGCGGCUUGAAUUUUAUAUCGGUCAAGGGACCCGAAAUCCUGAACAAAUAUAUUGGUGCCUCUGAGAAGUCGGUUCGCGAUCUUUUCGAACGUGCAGAGGCUGCUAGACCGUGUGUUCUCUUCUUCGACGAAUUCGAUUCCAUUGCACCAAAACGUGGCCAUGAUUCUACGGGUGUGACGGAUCGGGUGGUGAACCAGUUGCUCACGCAAAUGGAUGGCGCCGAGGGAUUAUCAGGCGUCUAUGUUCUCGCCGCUACGUCGAGGCCUGAUUUGAUCGACCCUGCGCUCCUGCGCCCGGGCCGUUUGGACAAGAGCCUGCUGUGCGACAUGCCGGACGUAGAAGAACGAAUUGACAUUCUCAAGGCGGUCACCAGAAAAUUGCAUCUCGCGCCCAGCCUCCUCACGUCCGACAGCUCCGGCCAAAACCUGCGCGAAAUCGCACAGCGCACAGAAGGCUACUCGGGCGCCGAUCUCCAAGCCGUCGUCUACAACGCCCAACUCGAAGCCAUCCACGACGUCCUCGGCGACAACGAAGGCGGUGACCCCACCAAAAUCGGCGGCGGUGACAACAAGAAACUAUCAAAAUCCAACAGGGACAAGAGCAACACGAUCCCAGACUUUACCCACUUCCGCUACGGCGACGACCCCUCCGCCCCCGCCAUCACAAGCACUUCCCCCGCUCACCUAGCAAGCGCCCAACUUACGGAACGCGCGCUUAUUGCGCAGAAAAUCGCGGCCUUGCUCGCUCUCCGCCGCCAGCAGAAAUUGCAACUCCGGCCUUCUUCCUCGCAUGACGACAACAGCAACGAUGGCGGGGGCCAUGACGCAUCUGGCAAAGGUGGCGAUGCCACGGACGCCGCGGUCGAGCGCAAAGACCCCCAGAUCCAGUGGAAGCAUAUCGAGCUGUCUUUGACGAAUGGACGCAGCAGUAUUAGCGCGCAGGAGCGGUUGCGGCUCGAGAGGAUUUAUAGGGAGUUUGUGGAUGGGAGGGAUGGGGAUUUGCCGAAUGGGCAGGGGGGGACGGAGAUUGGCGGGAGAAGUAGUUUGAUGUGA